UCCAACCACCCCAUCAUAGGAUUGCUUUCUGGCCAUUUUAUAAAGCCAUCCAUAUCUCCAUUUCUUCAUAAUAUUUCUGCAAAUGAUCGGAAAGCUCUCCCAAUUAUUGGUUUCCGGCAAUCGUACCGGAGUUUUAGACGUUGCCACAAUGAGUCCAAGGAGUCCGUUAGACCUCAAGAUGCAAUCGCCUAGAGGCUUAAAGAAGUAUGAUCUUGGUGGGGUUGGAUUGGGUAUUGUGGCUGCUCUUGAGAAGUCCAGCGAUGGCGGACGCGAAGUUUUGGCCAAAUAUGCUGUUUGUAGUUGCAAUUUGAUCAAUCGAUCCAAUCCUGUUCCGGUUAACUCCGGCAAGAAUUGCGGCAGACUAAAUGGAUUCCUUGAGGACUUGGAAGAAGGAGAGAAUUCGGAGAAUUAUACAUAUGUGACUUGUCGGGGACCCAGCAAAUCCUUCACCAGGGUGUACUACGAUGAAGGUGAAAAUGGGAGAACUGGGCAUGAAAGACAUGGCGUUGAUAGAUGUAACAACAUGGGUGUUCUUCAGGACUCGCGGCCAAGAUACGAGGACAGUUUUUCAGCGUACCCAACUUCAGAUUUUCUCAGUUCAUGUAACUUGUGCAGGAAAAAACUUCAGGGAAAAGACAUAUACAUGUACAGAGGAGAGAAAGCAUUCUGUAGCACGGAGUGUAGGUCAAGGCAAAUAAUGAUGGAUGAGCGCAAAGAACAGUGCAGAUCCGAGGCACCAAGAUCUGCGGAUGUUUCAAGCUCCCCAUACACAAGAGGGCAGAUCUUUUCCCCGGGAAUUCUUGCAAUUUAGACAAUGAAAAGAUGACCGCUGCCUGCAAUGGUGGUGAUGCUCCCUGAGUACAUACACGGCUAUUCUAUACAUAUAUACGAGAAGUAGUCAGCUUUUUGUUAAUCAAUAAAAGAAGAAAACUGGGAAAAAUAUAUAUAUAUUAUAUAUAUAUAUAUAGAAUAGAAAUUUUGUAUUGAAUCUUAGAGGAGAAAAAUAUGUUUCGAUGGAGGGAUUAUGAACUGCGAAUGAAAGAGAAGUACAAGCUUCAAUGCGUGUAGGACUUCAAGUUCUGUUGCUUGCAACAUAAACAAAUUCCAAGAGUUUAUGCUAGUCGAAUUGAAAUCAGAAGUUUGGGUUGAGUCCCACCAUGCUAGAAAGAGAUUACUAUCAAUUAAGUGAUUUCUAUAAAAGCAUUGUCUUUUACGUAGUUUCAUAAAAGAAAAAAAGUUCCUUCUCUUUUUUUUU